UAUUUUCAGAGGCUGGCGUCAUAUCCUCAACCAUCUCAGCCGUUAUCAAAUGAGCGAUUGCGCUUAGUCGAGGCUGCUCGAGGGAUAUUAUUUGCUCUUUCACAAAUUUACAAGGCUGUCAAGCAGGUUGUAGGGUGCUUCACAGAUGAAAAAUUCAGUUUAAUGUUCACACGUCUCCUUCAAGGCGCCAGCAGUGCUAUGGCACAACUUAUCCAGUCACUUGACCGUUUCGAUAGUAUGGCUCAAGUCGAUGUACCUGAUCAGACUAUUUGCGCGGAGGUCAUGCGGUGUUGCGAGUCUAAUGUGGUGGCGUUCAGGAGACUUGUACAUAUGAUUCAGAUACAGCUCCGAAAUAUUGGUAUAAUGGCGGAUAUUAGGCUGGUCAGAAACUUGGUUUUGGUGCUCCAUGGCGCACUUACCGAAAUCCGCGUAGCUUGGGACUCGCUGUUUCCCCUCCUACAAAAC